AUGAAAAAAGACAAAACACAAAAUGUAGUACAUAAAACAGAUACAUUAUUUAUUCCAAAAGUAAAAAACAAAGAGCUGAAGCUACACCUCUUUUACCUUUCGCUUAUAUUCGCAUCUUUUGUUGCAGUGAUUGUGGUGUAUGUUCAUCUAAUGCCGGGAUUAAGUAUAGAAAGUAAGGAGAAAUUGAAAACCCUAAUUCCCCAAAAUUUUAAAGAUUUAAUAACAUUAAAUAACAGAGAAAAAGUAAAAAAUUUAUAUGACUCACUAAUUUCAUAUAAAAAUGAACAUGGUUUUAUACUGCUAAUAUUGCUAACAAUAAUAUAUAUUUUCUAUCAAGCAUUUCCAUUGUUUUUAUGGUGGAUGACAGGGACAGGUACCAUUAUAACUAUAUUGAUAGGGGCAUUUUACAAUUAUGCAUUUUCAAUCUUUUAUUGUUCCAUAUUAUCAACAAUUUCUCCUCUUGUUACAUAUUUUAUUUUUAAAAACUACGGAAGGACAGUAAUAGAAUAUUUUUUUAAAAAAUCGCUUGUCAACUUUAAUGAACAAAUAAAGAAGAGAGUUAAAAGUAAGUUCGAUUUGUUUUUCUAUUUAGCAAUUUUAAGAUUAACUCCUGUAUUCCCAAAUGCUUUAAUAAAUAUUAUGGUGGCGUCUCUAUCUCUCCCGGCGAUUCCAUUCAUGUGUGCUACAUACAUAGGACUCAUUCCCAAUACAAUCAUAUUAGUAUCCGUUGGUCAGGCCAUAAGUAUGCUUUCGGCAGUUGAUGUGAAACAACAGUUCUAUAUCCCUAUAACAUUUAUAGUUUUGUUAUUCCUCUUCCAGACGAUAGUCAAAUAUAAGUAUAGGGGAAUUGCAUUAUAG